AUGAAGUUGCUAGCUGUCUUCUUAUUAGUGACCCUCAGCAUUUGUAGUUACUCGACUACUGCCUUCUUCCUCAAUAGUGUAUCCCAGACUGUGGACAAAGUGUUACCUUUACCUCUGGAAAGCAUUCUUCCCUUCCAGGAUCCAUUAAAGCUUCUUCUGAAGACCUUGGGCAUCUCGGUAGAGCACCUUGUGAGCGGACUAAAGAAGUGUGUAGAUGAGCUGGGCCCAGAGGCUUCAGAAGCUGUGAAGAAACUACUGGAGGCCCUGUCACACCUCGUGUGA